CCCCUUCAGCCGAUGCAUCCACGUGAACGACUUUGGAGCGACUUUUACAUCGUGCCUUUUCGUUCGGACCAGUUCUCUGAAGCGACCUCGUGUUUGAGACCUCGUUUGAGCGUCUACCAUACUCCAGAAUGGUGUCCACAGCUGCGGUCGAGUUUAUGGCGGUUUCGUGUCGGGACGUGACGAGCUUGAACCUGACUGACAAGUGUGAGUUCGUUCGUUCUGAACCAUCAUGUGCACCCAACAUGGGCUUCGUCAACUACAUGGAGGUGAUCUACUGCCUCCUGGGCCCGCAGCACUACGUGGAGUCUCUCCUGCUCACGGUGGCGUGGUUACUCGUGUUGUUCGUCGGCCUCGGCGUUACGUCAGGUGACUUCCUGACUCCAGCGUUGUUUGUCAUCUCAAAGACGCUACACAUGUCCCAGAACAUGGCAGUAUCCUUUGCAUUAUAUAAAUUGCAUGGCGUCACACUCCUGGCAUUCGGGAAUGGUUCUCCAGACAUCUUCGCUGCCCUAGCAGGAGUGAGACAAGGAUCAUACGAGCUUGUCAUUGGAGGCCUUAUUGGUGGCGGGAUUUUCGUCACCACAGUUGUAGCCGGAUCGGUGUUUCUUUCGAAGCCUUUCAAGCUGGCCGCUCGACCCUUCACAAGGGACUGCGUGUUCUACUUCACCGCCGCGGCCUGGGCCUUCUAUUUGUUUUACACGGGAGAGAUCACCAUGAUGCAUGCUAUAGGUUUCAUCUGCCUCUACUGCGUAUACAUUACUGUGGUCAUCGUCAGUGGAAUAGUUUACCAGAGGUACCUGGCCAAAGAGCAGAAUCGCAAACAGCGAGACGAAGAAAAAACGUGCCACGACAAAAAGCCUUCCAAAAACGAGGCAUGCACAGUUUCAAGCGAAGUGACCUUCAAUGGAAGACGGCACGUUUUUGACGACCCUGAGCGCAGUUAUGUUGUUCCAAUAGCCUUCAGAUACCUGAACACCGAACCGCGAAAUGAAGUUGAAGUGGCCGAGAAAGACAACAUAGUGCCAGAUCCCAAUGAAGGUGUCUACUACAUCAACCUCGGCGCUGAUUGCCUUGAAGAGGAAGUUGAUGUGGACACACUUACCAUUGUCGUCGAUAAACCAAGGCGAAGCUCAAAGCUGGACAAGACUCCUUGCAUUACGCUGGAGAAGGAGGAAGAGAGUUCGACGAGCCUUGUUUUAGAUGUGAUCAACAAGCUUCUGUCAGUUAACUUGGACGAGAAGGAAAAGGAACCGUUCCUGAUGUACCUCGUCAGCAUCUUUAAGAUUCCUGUCUUCUUUGCAUUGGCAAUAACGACGCCCGUGGUGGACCUCACCAAGAAGAACAACAACUGGUGCCGCCCUCUCAACGUGAUCCACUGCAUUACGGUCCCCGUAUUCCUCGUCUUCGUCUUUGGGCUGGGAAAAGUGGAGAUUGGCGGUGUGGUUCCCCUUUGGACGGUCGUUGCCGCGGCGGGGGCUCUGGUUGGGGUGGCCGUGCUGCUCACGUCUGAGAACGACAAGGCACCAAAGUACCACUUCGCCUUUGCCUACGCCGGCUUCUUUGUCGGCGUCGUCUGGAUAUACGUGAUCUCCAUGGAAAUCGUCGUCUUGCUGCAGGCCGUCGGGAUCGUAUUUCGCAUUAGUGACGGUAUACUUGGACUCACAAUACUCGCAUGGGGAAAUGGCCUUCUAGACUUCCUGGCCAACGUGAACAUCGCAAGGAAAGGAUACCCACGAAUGUCAAUAUCCGCCUGCUUUGGGACACCCUGCCUGACCCUCCUGCUUGGUGUUGGAAUUCCGUCCAUUAUUCAGCUAGCAGGAACAGACAACGUUCUUGUGCUCCACUACUCCAAGCUGAUCACAGUGCUCUUCUCUGGCCUAGCCACCAGCCUGCUUUCUUCAUUGGCCACGAUGCUGGUGACUCGUUUCCAGAGCAGGCGCUUCUACGGCGGCGUGCUCCUCGCAAUCUACUUCACGUUCCUCGUCGCCGCUGUACUCGUGGAAUCGGGACUGGUGUGAAGAGCAGACAUUGAAGCACACGCACAACAAAAAUAGGAUGUAAACUUUAUGAGUUUACUGCUGCCCUAGAGCUCUCGAUGGAAGGAAACAACGCGUGGCGUGGGACAACGCGUUUCCCACACGAAGCUGCCACGCAUGUGUCCUUUACCCCACUUUAUCAAUAUUUUGUGUGGCGGUUACGAAGAGGGCGCGGGGGUAAUUACAUAGGCUUUGGCUGGAACGAUCAGUCAGUGAAUAAAAGCGCGUCGAGCUUUGCGUGCAUUCGCACUCUUAGCCCGUCGCUGUUUCUUUUCGUACUUUCGAGAGCCAGCCUUUGUAAUUGGCGAUUGGACAUGACGUCCACGCUUGUAUAUGGAAACCAACGGCACGCGAAUGAAAUAGCCGCGGUUGCUGUAACCUUUUCUUUUUCCCUUCAACAGCAGCCGACAUGAACGACAAAGAUCGCACACCUCAUCUCAUUGAAUAGACGGCACUGUGAAAGACCGCACACACACGAAUACAAACGGCUGCUCGUCUUAAUUGCAUUUUUGUACAAAGCAGAAAACCAUGACGUCUGUCUGCUUGUGUAUGGAGAAACUUGCGCAAGAGAUUAUGACUUCUCUGUGGCAUUCUGUAAAAAUUGUACCACUCUGCGCAUUGUAAACUCCCGUGUUUUAGCUUUUGGGAGAGUCAUUUUGUGUGAUCGGACUAGUUUUGCAAAUUUUCGCCUUUGUCUUCAGCUGGUGAUGGCCAAGUAUUUGCUUUUCGGUUGACGUUUCCGCACGUGUUUUGCGGGGAAAUGUACAAAAAAUAUUUAUUUGCAUUUCCAAAGGUCGACGUAUACACACUUGCUGUUUCCGGCGCUCUUUUGCGCCUGUAGUUCGAUUUCUUGAAAAGUGCAUAUUUAUUUAUAACGGAUGCCACGAUCCUCAUGCAUCCAAGUGACGCACAUAGAGCGACUUAGUGCGGUUAUCGGGGUUUCUUUCUGGAUGAUUUUUGUUCUCGGGGGCUUACUUCUUGAAAAUUAACAAUGGCGUUAGAUCUGAAACACAUUAGCAGUUUUGUUUUUGGUUAUCACCUGCGCUAGUCAGAAUCUCUGCCAGUUUUGCUGAAGGUUAUGGCGGCGUUUCGUUUAUGUUUAAGUUUUUUCGUAGCCCGGUUGUCUCGGUUCAGUCCAUAGACCUCAGAUUUUCUUUUUUUUUUUUGUCUCUGGAGGACGCCAUUCUUUUUUUAUGCACUUAACUCUUGCGGGAAAGCUGGCUGUGGUGACGCCUAAGUGAUGGCGAAUGAAUGUAGCAACUAUGGAUCGAACUAACGGGAAGAUGGCGUGGGUUUGCUUCACUUAGCGAGGCCCACGCGCUGGAGAGCUUUGAAAUCUCUGGUGUGAAUACGUGUGAACCGAAGCGCGAUGUUGCUUAUUGAGACUAUUUUAGAUAUGCAUUUCUUUAUUUCGUAUGAUUGUACUGCUGGUUGUUUUGUACUCACUGCAAUAAAUUUUAUCUGACGUUGCAAA